AUGCCGAUGGACGAUGCUGCGUACCUACCAAAGAAGUCCUCUAUCAAGUGCAGUGCAGGUGUCACAGGGAAAUCACUGGACAUGUCUGAGAAUGCGAUGGCACCAAACUACGACAUCCAACGUAUGUUCCUGCUCCUUCCCUCCGGCAGGCACGGCCAGUUCUCUUCCAUUGUCGGAUACGGCCCUGGCUCUGCGCCCGCUGUCGCGCGACUGAGACUGCAUACACAGGUGAGCUCAGGAGAGGAAGAAGAAAAAGAAAAAAGAGAGGAAGACAUCGCAACUCAGGGCCGUGCCAUUGGCUGGACGGGUCUGGAUCAUGGCUUAUCAUAG